CCGAUUUCUUUCAUCACAUCACAACCAGCUGCUCAGUGUUGAAUCUGUCGUGAUAUAUUCAUCAUUAAAUCGUGUUUAGUCGAGCAACUGCGUUAUCGCGUGAUUGCAAAGUAACACCGACCCUUUAACAAAAUGGGUUCAUUUAAAAUUGUGUUGAUCCUUGCGGUCCUAAUGGCCGUGGCUUACGCCAUGGAAAGUGCCGAUCCCGUUGCUCACGAAUUAGCCGUCGCUGAAGAGACCAGCGAUUUGGGGUCGAUCCUUUCGCCGGAUUUGGCGACGGAUGAGAAGAAAUACAAAGUUUAUUACAAGCGAAAGUACAAAUACAAGAAGAAGGGUGGACAUCGAAGCUACGGAGGAAGCAGAGGAUACGGAAGAGGAGGUGGAUAUGGGGGGCGAGGAGGUGGCGGAGGAGGCGGAGGUGGUGGCGGCGGAUCGAGCGAAGAAUCCGGCCGUUAAUUGAUUGACUUCCGCACAAAUCUUCCAGAUCGAAUUUCAUAUUUUUCAACUCGAAUUUAUUUAUUUGCAAUGUGUAUUCUCUUUGAAUGAACUCGGUAAAAAACAAAUGGGGUCAAUAAACAUUUUGAAUUUAUUGUCUAGUGUAUUAUAAUUUAGCAAUAAAAUUAAUCGUGAUUUGCGCA